CUUUUAUUUUAAGAGGUAUUAUCAGAUGUAACUGACCAGAACGUAUAUAUAUAUGCAAUGACAGUGAAAACAGUCAGAUAGUUAAGCCAUAUUAAGCAACUCGGAACAGAACCGACCGGCAUAGGAAGACAAUUUUAUAAUCUUGGACGAACAUAAUUAGUUUGUGUUGAAAAGGGAAUGUUAAAUAUAUAAAUUCGAAAUAAGAAUAGACAACUUUUAAUUUUGGCAUAAUAAAUAAGGAAAAACCAGAAUGUAUUUGAGGACGACUGGAAUUGUAGCAGUCCUUCUGGUUUUGCAGAUCCACAGUGGAAACGGGGCAGCACUCAGCUCAGCCUCUAUUACGACAUGUUCAGCGACAUCCCUAGUAGUCUCUGUGACAAGAGACGCUGGUAUGGCUGGCACACCAUACGCGUAUGGCUACAAGGACGAUGCCGGAUGUGCUGUUACCGGAACAGGUCCUUUCACUGUCACUUAUUCAACACUAACGGAUUGUGAUAUUUCUCUCUCGGAUGGGGUGUACACAACAGUCAUCAUCGUCCCCAAACUUUCGACUGGUAUUGAAACAUCAGAUGAUGAAAUCCUCACCAUAACAUGUAAUCCAGCGGAUGCAUUUAGUGGUUCGACUUCAGAUGGUACUGGCUUCACUGGAGACACGUCUUCGAACGCGGCCGCUGGAAAUGACUCCUCAAUAGCCGGUGACCCUACUGUAACAAUGACAUCUGCCCUCGCUGAUGGCACUGCUAUAUCUGGGGCAGUUAACCUUGGGACAUCGUUGUCUCUGACACUUAGUUUGACCGAUGAUCAAAGCGGGGCGUAUGGAUCAUUUAAGGGACACACGUGCUAUGCUACUCCCACGUCCGACAGCUCAGAUGCUACACAGAUUGCACUCACAGAUGCAUCUGGAUGUGCUUCAGACACUGAUUUCUUUGGCGCCUUCGAAACAAGUGGUAGCGACAUAAAGGCAACCUUCCCAGCUUUCAAGUUCUCCAAUGCCCUGACUGUCUACUUUCACUGCUCAGUUGUAGUGUGCCCUGCUGGUGACGCCUCUUCUUGCGCCGCUGGAACCUGUAGUGGUUCCGACGGUGGCCUGGGAAGGAAGAAGCGAGACGCACCAGAAUCACGAGCCAGGCGUCAGGCAGAUGAACCAGAAUUGACCGACAAAACAUUGCAACGAACUACUUCUUUAAGAGUAGUGAUACAAGAAGCAGAUGACGCCCAUGGGAACCGUCACGCCAUUGCAUCAGAGAAUACCCUGUGUUUGGAAUCAGGCAUUAUCUUCGCCAUGGGCGCUCUGAUUGGACUCCUCUUCUUGGUCAUUGUCGUGGCUGUUGUUGUCCAAUGCAUCAGAAGGCCCAAGUUAAACAAGGGAGGAGAUGAUGAGUUCAACGUUAAUGGAGGAUUCCAUUAAAUAUAAUAGGAUUAAGUACGUCUCCCUGCAUGACACCGAAUGACUGAUCUACAUGAUUACGAAAAACCAAAAUACAUCGAAUGCUCUUGCAAUGUCUCAUAUGCGUGGGGCGCAUAUAUUUUAUGAUCCGAUUAAAACCAGAUGUACAAUUGAAUUCAACAGACAGUUAUUUAUUUAAACAGUUAUACUAUGUGUGUGGCCAUGUAGUCCUAAAACUCCCUGGUUUAAGGGGUGAAUAUUGUGUUUGGAUUUAAUCCAUUGUUGCAGUGCGAAUAAUUAAAGUGUGAUCGUACUUUUUAUGAAAAGCAUACUAUUCCCUCUUUCAACUGAUUUUUACCUUAGCACAAUUCAAUGACGAACAGACUAGGAGGACAAAAGUGUAAACAAAUCAAUGUACAUAUGAUAAUAGUCUUAUAAGAUAAACUAAUGACUUAAUCAAUAUUCGAUGACAAUGAGAUAAAUGAGUGCAUACUGUAUAUGCACGAAACAUCUCUGAUCACAAAUUUAUAACCUAUUGUACACAUUGAGGACUCGGCUUGAGGCAAUCUUUGAACAAUUUAUAUCGUUUGCCGAAGUGAUGACGUUUUUCAGCUGUUAAAAGAUGUCGCUCUUGGUAACAAAAAAGGUUGACAAGUUCGUCUCGCCUUGAGGCAACGCAGUGUGAAAUAAUUAUGUAAAUAUUAAGUCAUCUGACAACGGCUUCGGAUUAUAGACAUGGAUGGAAUUCAAUUCAUGAAGUUGCCAUAAUAUGUAUUUAUUUUAAAUAUAUUAAACAAUCAUAAGUUAAGAAUCCGAUAAAUUAGUUAAUAUGCGCCAGGUAAAUGUUUUAACUAAUGCUGUUAUUAAUAAUCCAAAUGAUGUCCGCAAAUCUGUUUACUAUUUUUUGCAUAUAUUUGACAAAUAAAUUGAAUUAUGUUUAUUUGUUGAUAAAA